UCAUGACACCGGAAGUAGACUCUCACGUUGCGGAAGCAAGCAAAAAACAGCGGCAGCACACAUGUUGAAUCAUCAUACAACGAAAAUGGAAUUAAAUUUGAACAAUAAGAAAACAAGCUCACAAGACUUGCUCGCGUGUGGCAACGGAGGUCUUCAUGACAAGCUUCUCCUCAAGUCGAAGGGGCCCAAGGCUGGCAGUUUUUUGCAAACCGAGAGGGUCCCAAGAAGUAGUGUUAUGGACCGACUGCAGAACUUCCUACCCCAGAUGGCCCAGGCCAAUGAGAAGCUCAAGUUGGAGAUGGAGCAGGCACCUGAGGGCCACUAUGACAUAGAGAGGGUGGAGGAGUCUGGAAAGGUCAUAGAGAUGGAUGUGUCGCUGGUGGAGCUCAGUAGUUCGGACAGCGACUCGGACAGAGAAUCUUCACAGGACAACGGUGCCAACUCAGACUCUGAGGAGGAGAGUGAGCUCACAGAGGAGAACCUCAAACUGCCUGGCAACAGCCAGAGGCAGAUAAAGAAGGUUCAUAUCCAAGUCCUGGAGAAACAAGAGGAUUAGGCCGUUAUAGGCCUCUAAAGAGACUACUGGGACAGUUGCAGUGUAGAAUGAAAUGCGUUGGUAAAACGAAUCAACUGACGUGGGAUCAGUUCUCCUUCUCCAAGCCCUUUUCAUAACCAUUAUGAGUGAAGGAAUAAGAACUUACCGUAGGUCAGUGAGGACAUGGUCCUGGAGGGCUAAUGGAUGGAGUGGAUGGAGACCUGCUGCAGUGAGGGAUAAAGGGGACACUGGUGUCUACAUAAGGGCCAAAUAUCAUGUGUCAACAGUGCUAUUUGAGCCAUAAUGAGAUGGGGAGUGAGUGCCUUCUCAAGCAUGUGCAGUAAGAAUGUGCCUUACAUAAUUUCCUGUUUAUCUGAUGUAGGAUACACUUAAGGUUAAAGUUCAUAGUGGCUUGAUGGUUCAUUGAUGGCAGAGAAAGAAAUCCAUUUUUUUACCAAUUUUUUUCUCCCCAAUUUUGUGGUAUCCAAUUGUUUUUAGUAGCUACUAUCUUGUCUCAUCGCUACAUCUCCCAUACAGGCCCGGGAGAGAGACGAAGGUUGAAAAUCAUGCGUCCUCCGAUACACAACCCAACCAAGCCGCACUGCUUCUUAACACAGAGCGCAUCCAACCCGGAAGCCAGCCGCACCAAUGUAUCGGAGGAAACACCGUGCACCUGGCAACCUUGGUUAGCGCGCACUGUGCCCGGCCCGCCACAGGAGUCACUGGAGCGCAAUAAGACAAGGACAUCCCAUCCCGACGCUAGGCUAAUUGUGCGUCACCCCACGGACCUCCCGGUCACGACAGAGCCUGGGCGCGAACCCAGAGUCUCUGAUGGCACAGCUGGCGGUGCAGUACAGCGCCCUUAACCACUGUGCCACCCGGGUUCAAUAGAACAUUUUCAUAUUGUUUGAUUCAUAUUGUUUCAUAUUGUUUAAUAUGAUUUUUCACUAGCAUAGAUAAUCAAGGCUACAUUUGAAUUAUUUAAGCAGAACUGUUUGACUGAAUUUCUCAUCUUCAACAAAUGCUUUAUAUCUGUCUGCGUUGUUUUAUGAAUAGUCCUAGUUCCAGCAUUAUGUUUCGGUUGGUCACAAGGUUUGUGAGCUGUGAAGUUUUUCCCAGAAACAAAAAGUACCGAAACCAUGUACUGUAUUUCAUAAGUGUAUGAAAUCCAAGAUUGUUGUGUAGUUGUGAAUGACACAGCAUACACACACGCUCAUGUUUAAAAGGAAAAAUGGAAGUAUAGACCAUGACAUCGGAUAAAUAAGAAACGAGUAUUCACCAUUGUUUGACAUUUACACCACCGUUCAAGUUUAGGGUCACUCAGAACUGUCCUUGUUUUUUGAAAGAAAAGCCUUUUUUUGUCCAUUAAAAUAAUUGAUCAGAAAUUCAGUGUAAACAUGUUAAUGUUGUAAAUGACUAUUGUAGCUGGAAACGUCUGAUUUAAAAAGAAAAUUGAAUAUCUUCAUAGCCAUACAGAGGCCCAACCAUCACUCCUGUGUUCCAAUGUGUGUUCCAAAGUUGAUCAUUUUAAAAGGCUAAUUGAUCAUUAGUAAACCCUUUUGCAAUUAUGUUAGCACAGCUGAAAACUGUUGUUCUGAUUAAAAUAGCAGUAAAACUGGCCUUUAGACUAGUUGAGUAUCUGGAGCAUCAGCAUUUAUGGUUUUGAUUACUGGCUCAAAAUGUCCAGAAACUGUCUCUAUAGUACCUGCAAAACACCAGUCUCAAAGUCAACAGUGAAGAGGGGACUCUGGGAUGCUGGCCUUCUAGGCAGAGUAUAAAGAAAAAGCCAUAUCUCAGACUGGCCAAUAAAAAGACAAGAUUAAGAUGGGCAAAAGAACACAGACACUGGACAGAUGAACUCUGCAUAGAAGGCCAGUAUCCCGGAGUCGACUUUUCACUGUUGACACUGAGACUGGUGUUUUGCGGGUACAAUUUAAUGAAGCUGCCAGUUGAGGACUUGUGAGGCUUCUGUUUCUCAAACUAGACACUCUAAUGUACUUGUCCUCUUCCUCCGGUGUGCACCGGGGCUUCCCACUUUUUCUAUUCUGGUUAGAGCCAGUUUGCGCUGUUCUGUGAAGGGAGUAGUACACAGCAUGCACAAAGAACUUCCGUUUCUUGGCAAUUUCUCGCAUGGAAUAGCCUUAAUUUCUCAGAACAAGAAUAGACUGACGAGUUUCAGAAGAAAGGUCUUUGUUUCUGGCCAUUGUUGCUUUAAUCAGCACAACAGUUUUCAGCUGUGCUAACAUAAUUGCAAAAGGGUUUACUAAUGAUCAAUUAGCCUUUUAAAAUGAUAAACUUGGAUUAGCUAACACAACGUGCCAUUGGAACACAGGAGUGAUGGUUGCUGAUAAUGGGCCUCUACACCUAUGUAGAUAUUCCAUUAAAAAAUCUGCCGUUUCCAGCUACAGUAGUCAUUUACAACAUUAACAAUGUCUACAAUUUAUUUCUGAUCAAUUUGAUGUUAUUUUAAUGGACAAAAAAUGUGUUUUUCUUUCAAAGACAAGGACAUUUCUAAGUGACCCUAAACUUUUGAACGGUAGUAUAUGUUGGAAGACAAACAAUACUGUAUGUACCCGGGCUGGUUUUUGCACAAGGUUCAGAGGAGUCUCUCACAUCUCCAUAGAGACCAGAUUUUCCUGUAGUUUUCAAAAUGCUAAUUGAAAAUGGCACAUACAAUGAAAAUAUAUUCUUGAACGUAUACUUUCUUAGUGUUAGCCGUUGUAUUCGUAUAUAAACACUAGUCUUUCAAAGGUAGUUUAUUUAAUAUCGUAUUUAAAUUAAUAUAUAUUAUUUACUAAAAACUUAGGUACUAUCUGCAGUUUCUACAUAUAUUUUUUGACUUAAAUUGAUAUUGAUUCUUGAAUAUACCUUUGAAAUGCUUAAUGAGCUUAGUUGAACUGUCGUACCCCAUCAUAACCCCAAAUAUAAGCUUUUUCUACUUCAUUUUUUGUGAACAAAGUAAACUACAUAGCCUCAAAUCAUGGUUAAAACUAUAAUGUUGAUGUCAUGGAAGGUCAGUCCUUGCAUCCAUAGCUCUGUCUAUACAUUUGAGAGUAGUUACAUUUCUCCAGUCCCAUUCCUCAGUUUUUUACCAAAACAGGGGCAGGUAGGUUGGUGUGCUUUAAAAAUGCAUAAUCUAGUGUUGUAACCUACAGUGCUCCUUUUCUGACAGAAAUACAAUGUCAAAAAAAUAUAUCCAA